AAGGAGAGGGCAUUCAGAAUCAGAAGUUCGAGAAAAUGGGAGUCCUGAAAUCGGGUGGCGCUGACUCAAUGAGCCUGAGGAGGAGGAACGAGGAGCUGGAGAAGGAACUGGAGGCGAGCCAGGAAAGAGAGCAGGUCAUGAGGGAGGAGCUGAAAAGGGCUUGGGAAAGGUUGAAGGUGGCGGAGGAGGCGGAGGAGAGGCUUUCGUCGCAGCUCGGGGAGCUCGAGGCAGAGGCUCUGACGCAGGCACGUGAUUACCACCAACAAAUCACAUCGUUGAUGAACCAGCUCUCCCACGCUCAUAAACUGCUGCAAGCUGCCUCCACCUCCCAUUCCAUCGCCUCCUGUACUUAGAAAACAAACAAAAACCUUUUGUAUCUCUGAGUCUCUCUCGAUGUGUAUCGGAGUCCCUUUUUUUUCCCCUUCAAUACUCCAUCGAGAAAAGUAAUGUAAUUUCAUCUCUAUUUUACUACCAUUUUGUAUCCUCUUUUCCCCUGCUUGCUUGCUAAACAAUUUCUCGACCUUUUGAUUAUGGGGAACAAAUCCAAUGGUAUGGUGUAUUAAAUUUGACCUUUCUGUUUCGGCAAUUUGAAUUCUGAACUUACACAA